UGUAAUCAAGUUUCGUCUAUAGAACAUUCUCUUUACUGUACACACAUCACAUGAGCUGCACUCGUGUAUCUUGUUAUUUAUUUUAAGAGUAUUAUACUAUUAAUGUUUUGUUACCAUGACUGGCUCUCAUAUUAAAGGUUUAUUAUUAGACCUUGAUAACACUCUUGUUGACACAAAAGGAGCAGACGUUAACGCAUAUUCAAAGGUUGAACAUUAUCUGUCCACCAACUGCAAAAACUGUGAUCCUAAAGCAGUAAUUAAACAUUUCCAAAAGUUAUUAAAAGAAAAGGAAAUUGAUCCAGAUGGUAUCAAGUCAGCAGAUGAUUGGAGAACCAGUCUAUGGCAGACCGCUUUGAGUGACAAUGCCUGUCAAAAAACAUCGUCCGAGAUCUACCAGUUAUGGAAGGACACCAGAAUUGAGGGAAUCUUUUUUACCGAAGAAGUGCAAUCUCUCCUGAAGCAGUUGAGAUCAGAAUACAAGCUGCUCCUUUUAACAAAUGGAGACUCUGUCAUCCAGCGAGCAAAGAUAAAGCAAUGCCGUGCAGAAGAAUAUUUUGAAAGCAUCGUGAUCAGUGGUGAUGAACCACAUCCUAAGCCCCAUCCGUCCAUUUUUGAGAAAUCAUUUAAAAUGUUGUCCGUCUUCCCUGAUGAGUGUGUAAUGAUUGGAGAUAGUCUUGCUACUGAUAUUCAAGGUGGAAUUAAUUCAAAUUGUCGUGCAACUGUCUUCGUCAAUCCAGGUGGACAACCACCUGUGAAUUCAACUUGUCCCAAGCCUCACUACACAAUUGAAAGUAUACUAGAAUUACCUCGCAUAUUAGAUGAGAUUGCAGACAAACAUUAAUCUUUAUUAUGUAAUGAAAAAUAAUUUUGUUUUAAUAUAAGUUUUCCAUAGUUUUAAUUAUGUCUAUUAAAGUUUAAUAUAAGUUUUCCAUAGUUUUAAUUAUGUCUAUUAAAAAACUUUAAUUUUUUUUAGCACAAUUUGUUGAAAAAAAUAUGAAAUAUCUAAUAAAAGAAAAAAACAUUGAUCAUUAUCAGCAUGUUUGUACAAGAGUAGAUGGAUGGUCUACUAAAAUUUGGUCUUUAGUUACUAUCUCCUUAAUACGAUUAUGGCUUUACCAACAUUUGUCUCUCCACAUCCAGGGGCUUACUUGGUAGAAUGUUGUGGCUUUGAAUAUCUGAAUAUAGAUUAAUCAUGAAUCUCCUGUAAUGGGUUAUGUGAGGUAUAUAUGUGUAUAAUAAUAAUGUGCUGUUUUAGCAUAUUGUGCAAUAAGCUGUUUCAUCAGGU